AUUUUGCUAAGGAAACCUAUCCGAUUAUAAUAAGUCAUUUGUUAUGUUGUGGUACUACAACAGCUGUUUAUUACGCAACCAUUAAUUUGGAAGCUGGUAUGACAAUUACUGAAUUAUGGUGUGUUAAAGUAGGUUUUGGUACAGACAUUGGCGAAGCAAUAUUGAAACUUUCAGAAUUAACAUACUUGGCAACAAUGGAUGAAUUUAUAUUUCUUGGUGAUGAACGAAAUCUUAAAGCUGUAUUUGUAAAAGGAAGAAUAGUGGCUGGUACUGAUAUAUAG